AAUUAAACAGCCGAUUCCGUCUUUACUAUCAUCUCCUUUAUUUCUCUCUCUCUCUCACACACACAGAUCCCAUUUUCUCAUCCAACAACUUCCCCUCCGAUCAUCCCCCCCGUCAUCUGAGUGUAGGGAUCUAAGGCUAAAUUUACAUGGAGGGUGUUGGAGGCGGUGGUAGUGCAUCAGCUGCUGCGACUUUAGAUCAGUGGAGACAGUUUUCGAGACUUUUUCAAUUUUACUUGGAUAAAACUACUCCACAUGCAGUUUAUAGAUGGAGCGGGACUGCAGCGUUAGUGUUUCUUUAUAUACUGAGGGUUUAUUACGUGCAAGGGUUCUACAUUGUUAGUUAUGGUCUCGGAAUCUACAUACUGAACUUGUUGAUCGGGUUUCUAUCGCCACUAGUUGACCCGGAAUUGGAACCUUCAGAUGGUCCCCUGCUACCUACAAAAGGCUCAGAUGAAUUCAAGCCUUUCAUUAGACGGCUACCCGAGUUUAAGUUCUGGUAUGCGAUCACAAAGGCUUUCAUCAUAUCAUUCUUGAUGACCUUCUUCUCCAUGUUUGAUGUCCCUGUAUUUUGGCCCAUACUACUUUGUUACUGGUUUGUGCUAUUUACCCUGACAAUGAAACGCCAAAUCAUGCACAUGAUUAAAUACAGAUACAUACCAUUCAGUAUUGGAAAGCAGAAAUACGGUGGUAAGAAAUCCUCAGCAGGUAGCAGCAGUGGGCCACGUGGAGACUGAAGGCCAACGUUUGGACGGGGUGGGGAGGGGGAAAUGUGGGGUUUCUCUAAUCCUUCUGUUAUAAGAAAGAAAAGGGAAAGGGAUGAUUUGAUGUAGAAGAAACAAAAGAAAAAGAAAGAAAUGAUAAAGAAUUCAAAACGUUGGAAGCAUUUGGAAAUGGUAAUAGAUGUAGAUUAUAAUGAUAGAUUCAAUUGAUGUACAACAUGGGAUGACGAAUGAUGACAACCGUGUGUUCAUUUAUAUGUGUUUAUUUUGGCUUGUUUUCAUAUGAAAAUUAUGAAGCUAUGUAGAUUUUAUAA